UGGUGUGACAAAUACACAUUUAAUUCUUACCAGUUCCAAAAGAAAAAUCACAGAAGAGUUUAUAAACUAUGUCAUCUGAAAAGAAGUAACAUCUCAGAGAUUGUACAGUGGUUCUGGGACCUCCUCCUCCGGGGGUAGGAUGACCUUGGCAGGGUCGACCACGUUGGGGUCUAUGAGUGGACUGUAUACUCUCAGGAAGAAUACAUCCCAGCCUACUUUGCGCUUAAGUACCCCCCUACCCUACCCCCAUUCAUAGCUGGCUAUGUGACUGAGAGCUCUUUCAGCAUCUUGGUACAUUUUACGAUGUCCGAGCGCCAGCGAAUAGGCAUCACCUUCCUACAGUUCCUCGAGGAACACAACCUCAAGGAGGCUGAUCUGACCAAGGCGAGGGCCAAGGAAAUCUACAACAGCCAGUUUCGUCAAGCCCAGAACUUCGAGAGAAUUCCAAACUGUUCAUCCGUGCUGUACACGCUGAGUCGCAUGCGGAAGAUACACAUAGACACGGACAUCGUUCGCUUUGGUCCCAGAAGAUCGCCCUUCCAGAGGAAGAACCGACUUGCGGUGGACCAGUACAUAGGCCUGGCCCAGGCAAGGAAGUCUAAGGAAGCGAAGAAAGUUGCAGAGGACCAAAAGAAAGUAGAACAGCCUCCACCAGUUUUUUCUAACAGGAGACAGAGGGUGCAGCAUCUACUGAAAGGGCUGAAGACGAGAAGACUUGAGCUUGCUGAGAAUAAAGAGGAUGUGGAGGUGUUCACUGACCAUGAUGCUGAGGGAGGGGCCAUGCACAUCUCCCUACAGUCUGGGGAGGAGCUUAGGUUCAACAUCAACAUUCGCAACGCCAGCAACACUGAGAGUCUGCAGUUCUGUAGGUGUGAGCUCCUUUGCCGUGUUCGUGCAUUCCAGCUUAGUGACCAAGAAAACAUCAGCCAGGGAUUUGGACAGAAGACUGUUGAUCUUCAGCCAGGACAACAGUACACAGUAGAAGUGAAGUGCCUGGCGCGCUUUCUCGGACAGUACCGUGCUCCCGUCGCGCUGGAGUUCCGCCGGCCGGCCUCGGCGACACCAUUCCAUAUCGUCCGCAACCUGUCCGCCCGCGUGACCAACCAGAUGGUGGACGAGCUGCGUCCCAAGGUGCCGUACAAACACCCGCCCAGGGUCACCUUCAACAGGCAGAAGUUAAAAGUGGUCGACGGUGUGCCACUUCCUCCUGAGUCUCAGGGGCAGUUGGAGAAGGUGAUAGAGCUGGAGUCCUUCCCCGUUCCUCCUACCCUGAGACGUCUUAUUAACCGAGGACUUGUGGAGAAGGAAGACAUGCCAGAACCUGACAAGACGGACCUGCACAUCACCAAGGCUCUGCUGGAGAACAGCAUGACCAUCGACACGCUGUCUCCUCGCUUCUCCUGCCUGCUGCACAUGGAGGAGGUACAGAUGGAGGUGGACAUACGGCGAUAUGACAUGCAGGGGGCUGUCAUGACUCGCAGCGGAAACAUGCUACAGCUCAAGGUACCAGGUCUUGCAGAGAAUCGACCCUCCGUGUUGAGGGGAGAUUUCUUGUUUGCCCGGGAGAGAGGGCCAGACGGAGUGGGCAACUUGGAGUUCAAGGGUUAUGUUCACCACAUAGAACGGGACUGUGUCAGCCUGGGCUUCAACUAUCGGUUGUUGGACAAGUUUAUUGACGGGAUGAAGUUCGACGUUCGCUUCACGUUCAACCGCCUGCCGCAGCGCCUACAGCACCGCGCUGUCCAGCUGGCCGAGGAACACAGCCUGGGGGACGUGCUGUUCCCCUCGCUACAGACAGCAGGGUCAAAGGGCAUACUGCACCCUCCCACGGAACAGCUCAAGCUGUAUGACCGUGCUAUAGAGGACAAUGCUGAACAGUACCUCGCCAUACGUCACAUCGUCGCAGGCUCAUCCCGCCCCGCUCCAUACCUCCUGUUUGGUCCACCAGGUACCGGCAAGACUGUCACCCUGGUGGAAGCCAUCAAACAGGUUCUGAAGUGCCUUCCCAGCAGCACGGUGCUGGCCUGUGCCCCCUCCAACAGCGCUGCUGACCUGCUGACACAGCGCCUGCUGUCCCACAUCCCCGCAGCACAGCUCAUCAGGCUGAAUGCUCUGUCACGCGCCUGGGAUAAUGUGCCUUCUAACAUCAAGAAUGUUUGUAACUAUGACCGGCUGACUGGCAAGUACAGCUUCCCUGCUAAACAAGAGCUGCAGAAGUACAAGGUGCUGGUCACCACACUGGUCACUGCUGGCAGGCUUGCUUCAGCCAACUUCCCCCCAGGCCACUUCACCCAUGUGUUUAUCGACGAGGCUGGCCAUGCUGUAGAGCCUGAGUGCCUGAUCGCCCUGGCAGGACUUCUGGACUUUCACACUCCAGACGGAGGACAGCUAGUUCUGGCCGGGGACCCCAAACAGCUGGGACCAGUCCUCAGGUCACCGUUUGCAGUACAGUUUGGACUUGACGUGUCUCUGCUGGAGCGAUACAUGAUGACCUGUGACCUCUACCAGCGGAAGCCCGUUGCUCCGGGAAGCCACGCCGUGCCCUACGACCCCCGCUUCGUCACCAAACUCCUCCGCAACUACCGCAACCACCCGGCCAUCCUCCGCCUGCCCAACAUAGCGUUCUACGACGGCGAGCUCAUACCGUGUGCCGAUAAGCUCGCCCGCGAAUCUCUCUGUGAUCUGGAUCUUCUCCCGAAGAAGGGCUUUCCGAUCGUCUUCCACGGAGUGGUCGGAGAAGACUUGCGGGAGGAGCGGAGCCCGUCGUUCUUUAACCCAGAGGAGGUGGUGACCGUGCUGAGGUACACCAGGGACCUGCUGGACGCCAAGGGACUCGGCAUCAAGAUCACUGAGAAGGAGAUCGGGAUCAUAUCACCCUACAGGAAACAGGUGAACAAGAUACAGCGGAUGAUGAAGGCACAUCACCUGAGCAACAUCAAGGUGGGAUCAGUGGAGGAGUUCCAGGGAGAGGAGAGGCGCAUCAUCAUCAUCUCCACAGUCCGCAGCAACCCGGACUUCCUCCCCAUGGACGUGGACUUCAAACUGGGCUUCCUUAGGAACCCCAAGAGGUUUAACGUCGCCAUCACUCGCAGCAAGGCCCUGCUGAUUGUAGUGGGAAACCCCAACGUUCUGAGCAGAGACCAGCACUGGAACAGUUUCCUGGAGUACUGCAUGAGGAACGGUGCGUAUGUGGGGUGUGACUUCCAGAGUGCAGAGGACGAAGCUGAGGAGAUCACACAGAGGCUGGCAGCUGUGGGGCUGGAUGAUCAAGAGCCAGAGAAGGACAAUGAUGAUGAGAAGAAGGAGGAGGAAGCAGAAGAGGAAGAGGAUUCAGAGGACAGUGAUGGAGACUGGGAGAAGAUCGAGAUGAGUGCCGCAGAGCAGUUUGUCCAGCCUUCCUGGGGGGCAGGCUACUGAUGGAACAGCCUUCCCAGAAGGAGUGAAGACGAAAGAUGGAAUGGCCGUAGAAGAUGGAUGAUGGGCUAGAAAAGAAGGAAAGAAUUGAGCAAGAGAAGAGGUAGAGAAUUAACAUAAUUUCCUGGUUAACAUUUUCAAAUGUUGAGUCAUCCACUGUUGAUUUUGGUGGAAGAUAUGUGAUAGUUGUGUCAGAAAUCUUUACAUGCAGUUAGUUUCAAUCAUAAAAUGCUAUCACAAACGCCUACAUGUAUAGCAGCAUGGGAUAAGAAAAACCACACACACAAAAAAAAUCAUGAUUACACACAGUCAGAAGUUUGCCAUCAGUUGGCCUUGUUGGUACAUGGAGAAUGAUCGUUAUCGCUUCAGGCAUCUGCAAACAUUUUUGUGUCUGCCUUUGGCAGUUGACAUGAUAUUUAACCGUGUUGAGCCCCAACAUAUCAUCACUGGGAAGGGUUGUUGACAGAAAAGACCAGGCACUAUGUCAGGUAUGUCUGAGACAUCGGUGAAGUCUACCGCUCAGACGAGUCUAAGUCCUGACCUGGGCUGCCAAGCUCUAGCCUCCAUAGCAUGCCAAAAACUGGGGGUUUGGGGGUCUUCAGGGUCUUUGGGAGCUCUUAUGUGUUAUUUUCUGAUUCCAUAUACUACAACAUAGCUGGCCCAGUUGAAUUACCCCUGUUUUUAGAAUCGGGCUAAACAAAAAACAGCUGAAGACAAACCCCCAGUUCUAUAGCCUGCUAUGAGGCUAGGGUGCCAAGCUCCAUAUCAGGGCACGACAAGGUCAUAUUUGCACAUCGAAGGUAUAUUUGUACAUCGUCUUACCUGCUGGCAUAAAUAAGCAGAAAGAAUCCAAUGGAAUUCAGAAAAUUUAGCAAAUAUAGUUUUAGUCACUGUCAGUGUGUGAAGCAAAAAUCUUUGACUUGCAGAAGUUUAACUUUUACAAUCAUGGUGAUGUUGAAACAAAACAUUCUUUUUAAACCCAAACAUGUCUGAUUUUUAAACAAUACGUGGUUGUCAUUGCUAGGGCAUUUUGCCGUAUUUUUAGAAUUGAGAAUUUGACAAAAAUGCUGAUAGUCAAAAGGCAGGUGUAGAAAUGAUUGUCGUUUACUGUCUAAUUGAUGGGUAUUGUACGGAUGUUGGAUUGCUGAGUGCCAUACAUUUUGUAGUAAGGCCACAACAAGUAAAUUUUAUGGAUGACGUCCUUUGGGGCCCCUAAAUCUAAUGCGAGAGGGCAAAAAA